ACCGCGGCGUGAUCUCCCGCCUCCGGGCGCCCCCGCCGGCGGCGAGCAAGAUGGCGGCGGCUGAAGGUCUUGAGCGGAUCAAGAACGAAUCCGUCGACUUGGAGCACAUCCCAGUGGAGGAGGUGUUCCAGAACCUCCAGUGCGGCGAGGAAGGCCUCACCACCAAGGAUGGCGAGGAGCGCAUCGCCAUCUUCGGCCCGAACAAGCUCGAAGAGAAAAAGGAGAGUGAGAUUCUAAAGUUCCUGGGGUUCAUGUGGAACCCGCUGUCGUGGGUGAUGGAGGUGGCGGCGAUAAUGGCCAUCGCGCUGGCCAACGGCGACGGCAAGCCGCCUGACUGGCAGGACUUCGUGGGCAUCAUUGUGCUGCUCGUCCUCAACUCCACCAUCUCCUACGUCGAGGAGAGCAACGCCGGCAGCUCGGCCAAGGCGCUCAUGGCCAACCUAGCCCCCAAGACCAAGGUGCUCCGCGACGGCAAGUGGAGCGAGCAGGACGCCUCCAUACUCGUCCCCGGCGACAUCAUAAGCAUCAAGCUCGGCGACAUCGUCCCGGCCGACGCUCGCCUCCUCCUCGAAGGCGACCCGCUCAAGAUCGACCAGUCGGCGCUCACCGGCGAGUCACUGCCCGUCACCAAGAACCCUGGCGACAGCGUCUUCUCUGGGUCCACGUGCAAGCAGGGCGAGAUCGAGGCCGUCGUCAUCGCCACCGGCGUGCACACCUUCUUUGGGAAGGCGGCGCACCUGGUCGACAGCACCAACCAGGUCGGCCACUUCCAGAAGGUGCUCCGCGCCAUCGGAAACUUCUGCAUCGCCGCCAUCGCCAUCGGCAUGGUCGUGGAGAUCGUCGUCAUGUACCCCAUCCAGCACCGCCGGUACCGCGAUGGCAUCGACAACCUCCUGGUGCUCCUCAUCGGCGGCAUCCCGAUCGCCAUGCCCACCGUGCUGUCGGUCACGAUGGCAAUCGGCUCCCACCGGCUGUCGAAGCAGGGCGCCAUCACCAAGCGCAUGACGGCCAUCGAAGAGAUGGCCGGCAUGGACGUGCUCUGCAGCGACAAGACCGGCACGCUCACCCUCAACAAGCUCAGCGUCGACCGCAGCCUCAUCGAGGUGUUCGCGGCGGGCGUUGACAAGGACGAGGUCCUGCUUUUCGCCGCAAUGGCCUCGAGGGUGGAGAACCAGGACGCCAUCGACGCCGCCAUGGUCGGCAUGCUCGCCGACCCGAGGGAGGCCAGGGCCGGCAUCCGGGAGAUUCACUUCCUACCGUUCAACCCCGUCGACAAGCGCACCGCGCUCACCUACGAAGACGUCAAUGACGGCGCAUGGCACCGCGUCAGCAAGGGCGCUCCCGAGCAGAUCCUGGACCUGUGCAACUGCAGCGUGGUUGUCAAGAACAAGGUGCACGCAAUCAUCGACAAGUACGCCGAGCGAGGCCUCAGGUCUCUCGCGGUGGCACGGCAGGCGGUGCCGGAGAGGAGCAAGGACAGUGCCGGAGGGCCGUGGGAGUUCGUGGGUCUUCUGCCGCUUCUCGACCCGCCGAGGCACGACAGCGCCGAGACCAUUAAGCAGGCUCUCAGCCUCGGCGUCAAUGUCAAGAUGAUCACCGGCGAUCAGCUCGCCAUCGCCAAGGAGACCGGCCGGAGGCUCGGUAUGGGCACCAACAUGUAUCCCUCGUCGGCCCUGCUCGGCCAGUCCGUCGACAAGUCCAUCGCGUUGCUCCCCGUGGACGAGCUGAUCGAGAAGGCCGACGGCUUUGCCGGCGUUUUUCCCGAGCACAAGUACGAGAUUGUCAAGAAGCUUCAGCAGAUGAAGCACAUAUGCGGGAUGACUGGGGACGGCGUCAACGACGCGCCUGCACUGAAGAAGGCCGACAUCGGCAUAGCCGUUGCAGAUGCCACCGAUGCCGCCAGGAGCGCCUCUGACAUCGUGCUCACCGAGCCCGGGCUCAGUGUCAUCAUCAGCGCCGUGCUCACCAGCCGUGCCAUAUUCCAGAGGAUGAAGAACUACACCAUUUAUGCGGUGUCGAUCACUAUCCGUAUUGUGUUGGGCUUUAUGCUGAUAGCGCUUAUCUGGAAGUUCGACUUCUCGCCAUUUAUGAUCCUGGUCAUCGCCAUUCUGAACGACGGCACAAUCAUGACGAUCUCCAAGGACAGAGUGAAGCCAUCGCCACACCCGGACAGCUGGAAGCUGAAAGAGAUCUUCAUCACCGGCAUCGUGUACGGCACCUACAUGGCCGUGAUGACCGUGGUGUUCUUCUACGCCAUGACUAGCACCAACUUCUUCAGCGAGAGGUUCCACGUGAGGUCGCUGAGGGGCAACAAUGACGCGAUGAUGUCUGCCCUGUACCUGCAAGUGAGCAUCAUCAGCCAGGCCCUCAUCUUCGUGACCCGGUCGCGCAGCUGGUGCUUCACGGAGCGCCCAGGCCUGUGGCUCUGCUUCGCCUUCGUCCUCGCGCAGAUCAUUGCCACUCUCAUUGCCGUGUACGCGAACUUGGCGUUCGCGCACAUCAGAGGCAUCGGCUGGGGCUGGGCGGGCGUGAUCUGGCUCUACAGCUUCGUCACCUUCAUCCCCCUAGACCUGUUCAAAUUCGGCAUCCGCUACGCCCUCAGUGGGAAGGCAUGGGACACCCUGUUCGAGAACAAGAUCUUCUUCACGAGGAAGAAGAACUAUGGGAAGGAGAACAGGGAGCUCAAGUGGGCGACGGCGCAGCGGACGCUGCACGGGCUGCCGACGUCGGAGCUGGACAGCACGCAGCAGGACAGGAGCAGCUACGGCGACUUCUCGGAGAUCGCCGACCAGGCCAAGCGCCGGGCGGAGAUGGCCAGGCUGCGGGAGCUCAGCACGCUCAAGGGGAAGGUGGAAUCGGCGGUGAGGCUCAAGGGUCUCGACGUCGAGACCGUCGACAACCGCCAUUACACAGUUUGAUCCAUCCGCAACGGCGGUCGCACGCGUGGGGGACGGUCUGCCUCGUACUCGUUGCGCAUUUUCAGGAGCGGUACCGAUGGAACAACGUCGCCCUGUGUAAAUUUUAACGUUUAGGCUGUCCGAUCCAUAUGUUAUUAGUGGUACUAUAUACCAUAUCUUUUCUCUUUUAUUAUUCAAAAUUAAAGACGAUGUGCAGUUUGUAUCAGAUCAAUUUGCUUAAUUUUGAUUGAACGUUCUAGACAGCCACUUAU